GCCCCGUGCCGAUGCGUUGUGGGGAUUUGCGGCUCGCGAUGGCGAGCGGCGAUGAGUUGGGCGAUGGCGACUGGGAGGAGGAGGUGGAGGAGCAAUACGUGGUGGUUGAGCUGUCUGGCAUCAUAGACUCGGAUUUCCUGGCCAAGUGCAACAACAGCUUUAAAAUACUGGGGGUGGACACGGAUGAACCCAUCAUGCAAGUGGGUGGCUGUGUCUUUGCUGGUCGAUACGAAGAUGCACUCGGGACGUGCGUGUUAUUCAAAGAAAACUCCACUUCAGGUCCUGGGGACGCGUCGGAGGGCACGGCCUUGAGCUACCAAUGUCACACAGCCAAGAAGCUGCUCAUGCAUCGAACGUUCCUAUCCGAAAGGCAAUCAUCUGAGCCCGUCUCUGGCAUCGAGGCGAUGCAGUUAGACUCGCUGGAAGGAUACCGCCACUCGUCGGGAUACCACUGGCAGCCGCCCAAGGAGGAGAUGAGCACAGACGUCACAGGAGGUGACGAAGAGGAUGAGGACGACGAUGACGACGACGGCAAAGAUGACAAUGGGGACAACGACGGCGACGAUGAUAACAAUCACGAUCGACGGCCAAUGGAGGCUGCGGUGCCCAGCCCAGGAACAGCGAACGAGGGCAGCAAGGAAGCAGUACCCGAACCAUCUCUCGGCACGAAGGCUGAAGCCUCAAUUGUGCCGUGAUGGCCGAUCAAUCUCCAGCGGUUUUUUUGUCGGGCUGACUUUUUCACUGGCUUGCGCAGAGUGGGCCGUGUAACAUGCCCACUAACGUUAACUCAAUUGUUUCUUUGCUCAAAGGAGUAACAGCAGAGUGGGCCACAUCCUGCUAAAGGCCUGAACCAGGGGAGAAAAUUCCACGUUUCCCAUCGUGGGAGCCAUUCCCUCCACAGGUUGACAACUACUGACUUGCUGCAAAGUGGUUAUGUAUUUUAUUUACCUCCAGAAGGAUUAUGUGGGCUGAGUUGACAUCCGCCUUCUGGUAAGAGUUACACUCCCUAACCACACCACCACAUUCUGCAAUGUAAUUACUACGAGACAUAAUAAACCGGUAUUGAGCUGCAUACGGCUAAUGUUUAAGUCAGCUCUGUGCCAUCUCUAAUAGGCUGAGCCUAUGUAAUUGACACUGAUGAUGUAUCCUGUGCAGGUUGUUUGGUAAUGAAGUCACAGCACACUGGCAUCGGUGUUGCCACGUUGAAUCUACGUAGUGGGAGGAGGUGGCUUAUGAUGCUUGCAAUGUCCUCAAUGUCCCUUGAGGUUUGUAUUGGUCUUUAUGUCAUUGGUCGAGGGAAACUUCCAUUCACUCGGACUGUGUGUAUGCAAUGUAGAUACAUGACCCUCAUGGAGUUGAACACGGACGUGUGGAGUGUUUGGGUACAUUUUGUAUGUUGACAAUACCGCAUAAACUCGGCUCUAUUAUAAGUCGGUAACAUCAGUCCCGUUUACAAGGCUGUGCAUUAAAUAAAAUCAUUGUUUGGUUUGCA